GUAAGCGUGGCCACCAUCAAAUAACGGAGAAUCUGCCCUGCUGCCAGGGCUAACGGCUGUGACAACCCAGGGAGGUGUCAGCUGGCCCCAGUGAUGAGGACGAUGGAGGAUUUCCCAGAAUCUUUCACAUCCAGAUGCCUCCAUCUCCUCCUCCUCCUCCAGCUGCUCACACUGGGCUCAGCUCAGUUUGCUGUGAUAGGGCCUGAUGAGCCCAUCCUGGCCCUGGAAGGAGAAGUCGCUGAGUUACCCUGUCACCUCAACCCCAAGAUGCCUGCUGAAUACAUGCAGAUAAGGUGGUUCCGAUCCCAGGUUUCUAACAUUGUCCACCUGUACGAUAAUGGAAAGGAUCAGUUUGGAGACCAGAUGGAGGAGUAUCAAGGGAGGACGGAGUUGGUGAGAGAUGCCAUGGAUUACGGGAGUGUGGCUGUAAGAAUACACAGUGUCAGAGUCUCUGAUGAGGGAGAAUUUCGUUGCUCUUUCUAUGAUGGCCAAGAGUCUGAAGUAGCCCCUCUGGAGCUGCAGGUGGUUGGUGAGUGGCUGUGUUUUCAUUGUGACCAGUGGUGCAUGUAACUGUCUAAGUCUAAAGCAGCCUUCUAGACCGUCCAGCUCCUACCCAGCAUUCUCUUCUGCUCUAGGACUCUACAGGGUCCUCUCCUCCUGUAAAGAGUCCUUUCCUACUGUCCCCAACCCCCUGCUGUCCCACAGGCAGUAAUGCCCACAGCAGCAAUUCCAUGGAACGUUUUCCAUGGGUCAGUCCCUCCUGGGUCUGUUUCUGGACUGGAUUUCUUUGAUUCCAAGCAGCUUGGGGCUAAGAUGUGGCUCUGUGCAGACAUCUCCCUCUCACCUGGAGACAUUUAUGUUUUCUAUUGCUUGGCUUUCUUCUACCACAGAAGCUGUGCAGGGUCAGGGCAGGACUAGCUUCUGGUUGUACCAGUCCAAUCUGUUAGGGCUGGGUGCAAAGCCCUGUUUGAGUCUGGUUAUGCUCCAUCACUGCGGGGAGUAGUCUGUGGUAAUGUGGGAUCAGGGAGAGUUGGGUGGAGGUGUCGUGUGGUGAGGCCAGGGCUGGUUGGGGUAGGGCCUUGGGAGACAAUAGGAGUGAUAACAGUAAUAUAAAUAACAAUAAUUGGUUUUUUUUGGUUA